AGUUUAAAGUCGUAGUAAUUGUGUGUUCUUCGGAUAAAACGUGAAUAAUAGACAGUUUCAUCCUCACAAUGUCGUUAUCGCCUCAGGUUUUGCUAUCUAAUAUGGUCAGAGAACGCUGCGUUACCAAGUUAAAAGAACUUCCAGCAUUGAUAACUAGAAAAUCAAAAAAUAAGGCACAAGCUUCGGUUCUCGUACCUAUUUGUGUUGAUAAUGGCAGAGUGUGUCUCCUUUAUACAUUACGAUCUUCAAACCUGAAAGCACACAGUGGUCAGGUGUCAUUUCCAGGAGGAAAGGCAGAUGAAAACGAAUCAGUUAUUAGGACUGCUUUGAGGGAGACUGAGGAAGAGAUCGGUAUCCCUCACGACAGUAUAGACGUAUGGACGGUAAUGCCUCAAGUUGAAGGCAGGAACAGAGAAAUAAGAAUAACUCCAGUUGUGGGAGUAAUCAACAACUUUGACAUGAAAAAUUUAACUCCAAACCUGCAUGAAGUCGAUGAAAUAUUUACUGUAUCUAUGGAAGAACUGUGUAACAAGGAAAUUCAUGGGCAUGUGCCCUAUGAGAAUAUAAAUAUACCAGUGUACAAUACUGCGAAACACAGAAUUUGGGGCAUUACCGCAGUAAUAACUCAUUUUUUCCUGCAAAGUUUUCUCCCUGAAAAUAUAUAUGAACUGGAUGAAAUGAGAAAGCAAUACACAUUCAAAGAGCUGAUGCCUUCAAAAUUAUAGUUUCGUAAACAUAUUAAUUUGGAAGAUUUUAGUUAUUUAUAGUAGAUGAAACUCUUAGUUAUCUGUAAUUGUAAUAUAUUAGUUGGGUACCUACUUUGGAUAAAGUAAGUAAGUGGAAAAAGUAUGUGGUACAAAGUAAUACUAAUAUAGGAUAUAAAAAUUAUUGAUAUGUGGAAUGUCUGUAUUAUUAUUUCUUACUAUAGUUGUGAUUAACUUAGACAAAGUGCAGCCAUCAAAAGUGUUACUUAUUUUGACAGAAUUAAAUUUUAGUUUCAGACCUCUUCAUUAGAUCGAAAGUGUACUUUAUUCUGUACCCUUAGCACAAACCAUUAUUGAAUUCGAAUAGUUUGGGAGUCCGAAAUGUCAUUGUGAAAUUUUAAAUGAAAACUUGAACAUCAGCGCCAUAACGUACGUAACUAGAACUAAAAAUCAGUACACAUUUGACAAUUACAUUUCAUACUUGCAAACAAUACACAUUCGAUAUUGGUUUGUGCUAGGGGUACUGUUAGCUAAAGGAAUUGACACAACCUGUCAGGAUCGCAUUCUUUUGUUGGCUGCACUUUAAAGAACUUAACAAACUUUUUACAUUCUUAGGUUAGUUAUAUAUAACAACAGUGAAUUUACAAAUAAAAUAACAUAUAAGACAUAAUAAAUUUAUAAUAAGAAUCUAAUAUAAUGAUUUUGUAUACAAUAGACAAAUAUUCAGUGAGAAAA